UCAUGUCUUCUCGUUUGUUUACUUUCACUGUCGCUAGGGAGUACGAGUGCAAUGAAUCCAGACUCGAACUCAAGUAUAGUAGUAGUUUUGACAGAUCUACUGUGACUCCUAUUAAAAGGUCAAGAACCGAAGUCAAAAAUCCUCACUGGAACUCACUGCUUCAUGAACCUUGGUGCUGUGUGCAUAUCAGAAGGAUUGGACCUGAACCCACCACCGACCGCUUCAUGGCCAUCAUGCAUGGGCCUAAUGAGCAAGUCACUCCUGGAAAUGCUUUAGCUGUCGACCCAACACGACAGUUUGGUGCCUUACGGUCGUUUGGAAACGCUUUCUUUAGCCGAUUCGAGGCUUCGUUUUUGCCUAGUCCAGUCCUCGAGAGUAUAACCCUCAUCGACACUCAGGGAAUAUUAUCGGGAGAGAAGCAACGUUUACAUCGAGGAUACUCUUAUUUUCUAGUGUUUGAGACUCAAGAAAAGCCGACCAAGUUCCAAGUGAGAGUUCAGAGCACUAAUCGACUGAUGUUGCCCCCCACUCUCAGUCUGUGUAUACUGUUACUGAUAUUCCACUUACUGUUACAGUCAGGAGAUGUUGAAGCAAACCCUGGACCAACGCUUGAUUCCAUUCUGUCUCACGAUGAUUUGAAUUCUGUUUACGAGAAACUGAUAAAAGCCGCUGGAGACUGGUUUAACCUGGGACUUUCCCUGGGAAUGAGACAUCACACCCUCCGUAAUAUCAUUGAUAAGCAUGGAGACAAUCAAACCUGUCUACGUGAAAUGCUAGCUUCUCACUUGAAAACUUCCUCUCUCACUUACUCUAAAAUAUGUCAGAGUCUCAGAGCACCAACAGUUGAACGGAAUGAUGUCGCUAAGGCUGUAGAGGAGGCAUGUACAGCACCCAAUGAUGAUACUUCACCUGGACCAUCUAAGAAGCAGAAAUUGUCCACAACGACUCCUGGACCAACCAGCUCCAUUCUGAAUCUCGAUGAUUUGAAUUCUGUUUACGAGAAACUGAUAAAAGCCGCUGGAAAAUGGUUUAACUUGGGACUUGCUCUGAAAGUGAGCCCCAACACCCUCAUUAAUAUCAGUGAUAAACAUCGAGAUAAUGAAACCUGUCUACGUGAAAUGCUAAUUGCUCACUUGAAUACUGCCACUCUCACCUAUUCUGAAAUAUGUGAGAGUCUCAGAGCACCAUCAGUUGAUCGGAAUGAUGUUGCUGAGGCUAUAGAGGAGGCAUGUACAGAUGACGAUAUUUUUCCUGGACCAUCUAAGAGGCAAAAAUUGUCCACAACAACAAUUCCUGGACCAAGCAGCUCCAUUCUGACUAUCGAUGAUUUGAAUUCUGUUUACGAGAAACUGAUAAAAGCCGCUGGAAAGUGGUUCAACCUGGGACUUAAGCUGAAAGUGGGCCAUGACACCCUCAUUAAUAUUCGUGAUGAAUAUCAAGAUAAUGAAACCCGUCUACGUGAAACGAUAAUUGCUCGCUUGAAUACUGCCACUCUCACCUAUUCUGAGAUAUGUCAGAGUCUCAGAGCACCAAUAGUUAGACUAGAUGCCCUCGCUGAGGCUAUAGAGGAGGCAUGUACAGAUGACGAUAUUUUUCCUGGACCAUCUAAGAGGCAAAAAUUGUCCACAACAACAAUUCCUGGACCAAGCAGUUUUAACCACGGUUAUACCACUCUGGUGGAGUGCUGCAACAAAGUGUGUGGAGGACUCUCCAGCGACCCAUUGAACAUCGCUCAAUCUCUUCACAGCAAAGGGUUUAUUUCUACAGCACUUAUGGAAGAAGUACGUACACUACCUGGCACAAAAAAAAUGGAAAAGGGAAUCAGACUGUAUACAGCUAUAUUACAAUGUGUUAAAGCCUAUCGAAAUAAGUAUUUGGAGUUUAUUUCUGUGCUAGAAAAAAACAAGAUCCUCCACAGUGAUCUCUUAACAGCUCUCCGAAAUACUCACCUCAAAAUUUGCAAUGAGUCAGUACGAGAAAAAGUCGAGAAUACCAGCAAAGCAAUUGAAACAGUUGUAUCGAUAGCUAAGGAGCUCGAAAUGUCCACUCAUUCUCAAGAGCUCGAAAGAAUCCAUUCAGCGUUACUAUGUGGCAAAGUCCAAAUAGGACUUGUUGGCUUAACUAAUGCUGGCAAAAGUACAACUGCUAAUUCCUUUAUAGGCUCGCCUUUUCUCCCAUCAUCGUUUCAAAGGCAGACGGUCAGCUCAAUCCGAAUUGUACACGAUCCAGCAUCUCCGAAUGGAGAACUUUUUGGAAGAAAAAAAUAUAGUGAUGGCUUAGUUCAUCUUGCAUCAGGCGGUAAAUCUGUUAAAUCAUUUCUUGUGAAACUGAAUACCGAGGAUCGCAGAAGUGAGAUUCAGUACACUGAACUCAUUCUCCAUGCAUCUGUUGCUAUUUUGUCAGAGAUUGGACAAACUUUUGCUCCUGAAAUUCUUGAUAUGCCUGGCACCUGUGAUAUAUUUACUAGCCAAAAAACAACUACUGCUGCAAAAACAGCUUUAAAAAGCCUAGCAGCCAUCAUACUUGUUGUCAGUGCCAAUGACGUACCUAAGGGUACAGUGACUGAGCUUGUUGAGAGUAUAAAAACAUUGCAUCCUGGCCUGAUGGAAAAACAAAACAGAAUACUAGUGCUCAUCAACAAAUACGACCUGUGCUAUGAUGGGAAUAAAUGUUCCUGGACUCCCGAAAAACUUCAAAUGGAAAUGGCUGAGCAAAUUGGAAUAUCAAUAGAGCAAACGGUAUGCUUUAGCGCUAUAUUUGCACAAAAAGCACAACAAUGGCUACGAGAUCCUUCUGCUGUAACCAAAGACAUGUAUUAUUAUAACUAUUAUUAUUUACAAUCAACACCUGCAAAGGAUUCCAUUGGUUCUUUGAAAAACUACACCCCAAAGAAUGUAAAGAAACUAGCUGAGGUUCUUGAGAAAUUUAGUCGAUUUCCAGAAGUUAAAACAAAGCUUCUGUGGGCACUCUGUGUUAAUAGUCCUGAAAUUAUUUUGGAGAGUGCUGUGGACGAUUGUCGUGGGGAAAUGUCAAAGAUGGAAGAUUCCAUUACUCAGAAAGUACAAGAACUUGAUAUACAGGGGAAGGAGAAUAGUGUAGAGAAACAAAACGCUCAGGUGGAAAAAUUCGAUCAAUUCUUUCAAGAAACUUGCGAGUUUAAAACCUCUUUCCCAGAAAUAUUAGCUCAAUCUUUUUCUCUUCAACUGAAAGUAGUUACUUUAAAACUUGAGAAUGACAUCAGUAUACAAUGUUUAUUCAAAGUGGUAAAUAUCAAAAAAAAGUACGAUGAUGAAUUGCAGUGUAUACUGGCUACCCACCAAACCAUGCUUGAAACCGCGAAAGGCAAGGUUGCUGAAACUUGGAAUGUUGGUGUUGCACAAAUCAAAAAAACCUUAUCCAUAAAUUUAAAACAGACACUAAAUGAUCUCAAGCAGAAAUUACGCCAUGACCAGCUCACUGACCUCCUCGACUUUAGUCGUGUGGAUCCGAGCAAACUACUAGAGACCCUUGCAUUUCCAUCUGUCGAGCAACCAGACUUUGUAGAAUCCACAGCUGUCAGUGAUGAAGUUAUUAAACCUGCUAUCAGAUUUUCCACGAGGAUAAGGCAGAAAAACAUGACAGCGAGCAAAGAAUUCCGGUAUCACAUCCUCUUUUCUGAGACAAUUAAAUAUGAUGUGGUGGUUGAUCACAAACAAAAGGUGUUCGAAAUAGAUUAUGAAAGCCUUAAUACAGCACUUAAAGAGCUUGCUUUAUUUUGUUCAAGUCAUGUUCAGAAUUCUCUGCUGAAGAUCUUGAAAGAUGUAGCUAGCAAGUUAUCUCAAGCACUUUGGUGUGAACUGCAGCAGCUAUUAAAAGAGCCAAUUAAAUUGAAGAAGAACGAGCUAGAAGCAGCAGAGCAAGAUCUUCAAGCUAGCAAGUUAUCUCAAACACUUUGGUGUGAACUGCAGCAGCUAUUAAAAGAGCCAAUUAAAUUGAAGAAGAACGAGCUAGAAGCAGCAGAGCAAGAUCUUCAAAUAUCCAAGAAAGACGUCACGAAAUUGGAGAAUGCAUGCCAAGCACUUGUAGAUGCCAAUAGAAAACUUAGUGGCUCCCUGUAUCCUGUGGGUAAAAAAAGGACACAUGAAGAGGAUUCAUCAAUCAAGAAGCCUGCCUCUGUUCAAGAGCAGUUGAAGUACGUACACAAGCUGAACGAGUUGUUGAGAGACACAGAGAACACCAUCAACCUCCGCUACCUCAAACUGUACCUAAUCGGCCUUUCAGGGCUCGGCAAAACCACCUUCCAAAAACGUCUCCUGGGUCACCUACUUAACCUGGUAUCAAUCCCACCACAAGACAGAAAACGCUGCAGCACUCUUCUUGCCGAGUGUAAUCAAGUUCUGGCUGUGUUGUCAAGUGACUCCAAAUUGAUUCUCAAAGCCUCCACAGAUAUUGACAAUGAAGCACAACUGAUUUUCACUUACAUGAUUGGCCUUCAGCAAAUUGGAAAAGUCGCCAUUUCCAAAACUGUAGUCAAAUCUGCUGAUCCAACAAAUGAUCCCAUUGAAGAUGAUUCAAAGCCAAAAGAAGAUUCUGAUAUUCAUCCCACAGAUGAAGUGGAUCCAGGCAAAAAGCAAGGACACAAAGAUGAUCGCGUUGAAGAAGAUUAUGAAACUUAUCCUACAGAUGAAGUUGAUUCAAGCAAAAAGCAAGUAAGCAAACAACCCAAAUCACAGGCUCUAGAAACCAAUGUCGACACGAACGAAGCUCAGCCCUCAGAUGUAAGCACAAAGCAAGUUCCCCAGGAAGGAUCAAGCAAGCCAGCCAAACCAAAGGCUUCAGAAACCAAAGUCGACAAGAUCAUUGAAAACCUUCGAGAUAUUGUCAAGAGCGGCAAUUACAGGGAACAGUUGGUAGGCACAGUUUUGCUCAACAUCAUUGACAUAGGUGGACAGCCUGGCUUCAUGGAGAUGCUUCCAUUUUUGAGCAAAGGCCCAGGGAUGUUUCUCGCUUUCUUCCCUCUCGAUAAAGAUCUCGAUGAGCUCUAUGAAGUUUCCUACGAACGUGACCAAGACAAAAUCACCCCGUACCAAGCAAAGUAUACAAUUCGAGAGACCCUCUCCCAAAUUCUUUCAGCCAUUAGCCAUCACGUCACUGAUUCGGAUCUUGAUUAUUCCAAGAUUUCCGAUAAAGUUGAACAUUUCCGAUGUCUUCAAGCUGUCGUGAGUCUAGUGGGCACUUACCAAGACAAGUUGGAAAUUCAAGCCAACGCAGAAGUUGUUCAGGCAAAGCUCAAGGGAGAUUACCCCGGUCUUGACGCAAACAUCCUGGGAACUGCAAUACUGCUGAUUCUGGAGGUGCAGCAAGAAAGCGAAUCUGAGCAGAAGGUGGAGGAAACUUUUUCCAAACUCGAGGCAGAGGUUGGCAAGCAGCUUGAAUUGGAUUCCUUUUCAAAAAACCUGGUGGAACAUGUGGAACAAAAAGCAAAAGCGAAGGCCUCCACUGAAAAACAGCAGAAACCAACGACACCACAAGAGGAUACCAAAUUGCAAAGCAAAGUGGAAGUUCUUGUGAAAACUCUAUCUCCUGAAAUCAAAAACAGAUUAAAACGGAGCACACCCAAAGCUGUUCAACUUUUGCUACAAAUGAAGCAAUCCCUCUCCAAGCUAGCAAGUGCAGUUGUUCAACUGUUGAGCAUAGAUUCUACCAUUCAAGCCGAAACUGAAAAGCGCUUGCAAGCAAAACUCCAAGAGAAGCACGAAGCCUUAUCCACCAUUACCUCACAUUUUGAAGAUGUCAUCAACCACCCAGAUAACAGUCAUUUCUUCUCUGUGGAUAACUUCAGUGGCACAGAUGCUGACAUUGAUCCAAUUCGUGAACAUCUUAAAACAGUGUUUGACUCAUUUUUCGAAGAUGCCAAUCUCCGGAUUCGCCCAGUACAGCUCCUCUUUGGUGUCAUUCUGAGAAAAGAGUUUGAAAUUGCGACGAUGGAAGAGUGUAUUCAGAUUGGCAAAGCAUUGAAGAUGGAUGAAGAGGAGGUGAAGUUCACCAUUUGGUAUUUGCACCAGUGUGUGGGGACCCUUCUCUACUACCCUGACAUAGAGGACAAGGAGUCUUACUUCAAAAACCGUGUCAUCUGCAGCCCUAAUGUUGUUUUCAACAGUAUCAGUCUCCUGGUUGUCGAAUCUCUUCUAUCUCUACACUCAUGUGAUUGGACGUCUCAAUUCACUAACGCCGAGAUCAAGAAGUGGCAAAAACUGGGGCAAUUCUCGAUUGCUACGAUUAAACGCUGCUGUUCCAAGUCAAACAAGGCAAAAGUAAAUGAAGGUGAAUUGAUCCCGGUCGACAAGCUUGUGAAGUUGCUUGAGCAUGUCAGUCUCCUUGCACCCAUAGUUGGUAAAGGUCUCCAGGAGCCACCAGUCUAUUUCAUGCCAGCUGUCCUCGAGUGUGCCUCAAAGGAAGAGCUCUUAAAUGCUCCAGCCAUCGACUCCAACACACCCUCUCCAAUCAAGAUUACCUUCAAGUCCGGCUAUGUGCCCAUUGGCCUCUUCUGUGCCCUGAUCAGCAAGUUGGUUUCCGAGGGACAAAAAAAACCUUUUGGGAUGGAAUGGAAUCUACGAGAAUCUCGUGUCAAGAGAAAUCUGGUAUCUUUUGAAGUCGAUAGUGCCAAACACCACAUCACGCUGGUAGCCCACGCCGACUGUUACGAGAUUCGACUCACAAGACGUGAAGAUUGCGACAUGCAUGAUCUCUGCUCCUAUGUGCUGACUAUCGUCCUGUAUGUGAUGAGCAAAAUUAGCAAGAAGAUUGAGCCGAUUAUUGCAUUCAAUUGUCGGUGCGCAAAACAUUCAAAAGUGGAAGACGUGUGUCUGUGCAAGCUGGGAGGACGCAACCCCCCCUCGUUUCGAUGUGAGCACGGCCGUGUUCACAGUCUACCGCUUCAUCAGGAGUGCUGGUUUGCACAGGAAGUUAAGCUGGAUGAGAAAGCUGUUCUUGAAGCCCUGCCAUUUGCUGACCCUGAUGACCUCUCCUUCAAGUGGACCAGGAAAGGCAAGAAGGUGGGGGGUGGAUCAGAUAACGAGCUCACUGUGGACAAAGUGACGAGGGAUCAUUGCGACGGGUUCUACACUUGUGAAGUAUCCAAGAACAAGCAGCUCUGCUUCAAAGUGUACCACUGCUUGAGAAUCAGUGAGGCCACAGCUACAAGUGGUGACAUAACUCUCAAGACUGUCAAAGAUGCUACUAGGGAUGCUCGUGCAAAGUGGGACCACCUGGCUAUUAACUUGAAUGUAGACAGUGAAACUAUUAAAAACAUAGAAAGGUCCCACAAUGGUCGUGUGGAUGAGUGCUUUGUUGCAAUGCUGGAGGCCUGGUUCAGGAAGGGAUCUCCGAGCUGGUCGGUCAUGGUGGAGGCUUUGAGAGGCCCCAGUGUGAAGAGGGGAGACCUAGCCGACGUUAUCGAGAAGGAAUUUAUUUUAAGUUUGCUUCCAAGGUCUGUCACGCUAACAGUGAUACGCACUGUCUUGCAGAGAGUCUGUGCUAAAUGGUUUGAGCUGGGCGUUGCGUUGGGUCUACCAGACGAAACACUACAGGGUAUUAACAAAACCCCGGGAGAUUGCUUCACUGCAAUGCUUAAAGUAUGGCUCCAGUCCUCACCCAACCCCACCUGGUCUGAGCUGGUUGAAACCCUGAGGUCACCAGACAUUAAUCGUCCUGACAUUGCUGCUAUGAUUGAGGACGUGUACAUCAAGAGUGAUGACUCAUCAUUACAAGAAAACAAGGACACAGCAGGUGAACUUGACGGGAUCCAAGAAAGCUCAACAAAGAGAAGCUCAGGUCUAGCAGUCAACUCUUACAGCAUGGAGAUACCAUCACAUGAUCUGGUUUAUUUGGCUGAUUUUUUCGACUGUGUUGACUUUCUUGUUGACUUACUAGAACUGACCCCCGCCGAAAAAUCUGAUGCAGCCAAAAAAUGCACUACACAAACUGCAGUACAUUUCUGUUUGUCAUGCUGGAAAAAAAGAGAGCCUGAAAAGGCAACGUUUCAAGCACUUUUAGAUAUUGUCCGCAAGCUGAAAAGAGGAGACAUAUUUAGAAACAUUAAAAGGUACUUUGAUGAAAACUAUUGAAGUGUGACUGCAUGCAUGACUUAGCACUAGAUCUAUAUUCCUUUCUUAGCUUAAAUGUUGUUGUGUGCCCACAUCUAUUUUUGUUAUUAAUUUUGUUACCCAUCUACAUGUACGGCAUUGUGGUGUCACCAGUAUCUCUAGUGUUAAGCAAGCUAGCCAUUUUUUCAUCUGUAUCUGACUCCAAACUUUCCAUUCAACCUUAAAACUCAUACUACUUGUACAUCUUUUACUAUUAUUGUGGUAAUGAAUUUGCUUCAA